AUGGUGUCCCACUCGCAUCGCAAUCCACCAUUUCGUGCCGAGCAGGUCGGCUCUUUUCUGCGACCUCAAUAUCUACUACAAGCGCGUCAUGCAUGGAACGAAAAGGAAGCGUCAGACGAGGAGCUUCGCAAGGUUGAAGACAAGGCAAUCAUAGAGGUCGUCAAGCUGCAGCAGGAUUAUGGGUAUCAUGCAAUCAAUGAUGGCGAAUAUCGUCGCCAUAUGUUCUGGGGUACUUUCUGGCCCAAUCUCGAGGGCAUGAAAGAAGUUGUUGGACCUGAUCCAGAUAUUUUUCGUCCCUAUAUUCCAGAUAAAAACCACAAACCAGGUGAGACUGUCAUCUGCGUUGGUAAGAUCAAGCACAGCCCAGCGGCAUCAAAGGCACAUAUCGAGCAGCUCCAUUAUCUCCAAAAUAUACUGCCUAAGGAGGAACAUGGAAAGAUCAAACUGACCAUUCCUGCUCCAAACUGGUACCAUCUCCGCUACAAGGAGGGCUCGGCCUAUCCCAAGGAUGUUUACAAGUCCGACGACGAAUAUUUCGUCGAUGUCAUCCAGGCCUUUCAGACGGAAUUGCAAGUCCUUUAUGACCAGGGUCUGCGCAAUGUGCAGAUCGACGACCCCAACAUCUGCUACUUCUGCAAUUCAAACAUGGUUGAAAAUUUUGACAAUGAUGAAACCAACACGUGCACUGCAGAUGAGCUAUUCGAAAAGUAUAUUGAUGUUUACAACAGGAUCAUGAGCAAAUGUCCGGAGAAUCUUCACGUUGGAGUCCAUCUGUGCCGUGGCAAUUUUGUUAAGUCAAGACAUUUCACCGAGGGAGCUUAUGACCGUAUAGCCAUUCGGCUCUUGCAGAACCUUCAAGUACACACUUUCUAUUUGGAGUUCGACACCGAGAGAGAUGGAGGAUUUGCACCCCUACAAUACUUGCCACCGAAUAAAACCGUCAUACUCGGUGUUGUGAGCAGUAAGUAUCCAAAGCUAGAGGACCUGGACAAAACUGUUGCGAGAGUUCAUGAGGCCGCGAAGUGGGUCUCAAAGGGGCAAGGCUGCAGCGAGAAGGAGGCUUUGAAUCAGCUAGGCGUAAGCCCCCAGUGUGGCUUCGCUAGCCACAGCAGUGGUAAUGCCAUUACCUGGGACGACAUGCUGGCCAAGCUGAAACUCGUCCGGGAUGUGGCAGAUAGAGUCUGGCCUGGUGAGCCAUGA